AGAAGAAUGGCAAUGGGAAAGGCAAAGUCACACGCCAUAAUGAUAUCACUCCCACACCAAGGCCACAUCAACCCUUUCAUCUACCUCGCCCUCAAGCUCGCCUCCAAGGGCAUUUCCGUCACUUUUGUCCAUCUCGAAUCCGUCCAUCACAAGCUCCUCUCCAAACUCGGCCCCCAAGCCGACCCCUUCUCCCUGGCAAGGCACUCCGGCCUCGACAUCCGAUACGCCACCAUCAGCGACGGCCUCCCUCUCGAGUUCGACCGCGAUCUCCACUUUGAGGAGCAUUGGGGGGUUAUCUUGCGCGAUUUUCCCGCCCUCGUCGAUGAAUUUGUGGGGGAAAUGAUGCGUUCUGAGCCCGAUUUCGACUAUUUCUUGAUGACAGACACGUUUUAUCCGUGGCCGCCCGCCAUUGCUAGCAAGUACAACCUCGUUAAUGUGUCCUUCUGGACUCAGACGGCGUUGACGUUUGCUUUGCCCUACCACUGGCAUCUUCUCGAACAAAAUGGCCAUUUUCCAUGCAAAGAUGACAUGGAGGAAGAAAUCGAUUAUAUUCCAGGGGUGGAGCCAAUAAAUGCAAAAGAUGUGAUGUCAUACUUGAAGGAAUCCGGGCAGGCAAGCAUAGUGACAAAAGCAAUGGCCGCUGCAUUGGACGCCGUGAAAUCUGCAGAUCUGAUUCUCCACAACACCAUGCUUGAACUUGAACCAGAAACCCUAUCAGCUCUCAACGAAUACCAGCCCAAUUACGCCGUCGGUCCCCUCAACUUCUCCAAGAGUCUCCACUCCUACACCGUCAGCAACAGCCUAAGGUCUGAAGCCGACUGCACCGACUGGCUCCAGUACAAGCCGCCCAAUUCGGUUCUCUAUGUCUCCUUUGGAAGCUUCGUCCACACCACCAAGCAAGUGAUUGAAGAGUUGGCUCAUGGCCUUCUCCUCAGCGGCGUGGACUUUGUUUGGGUGAUCAGGACUGGUAUGCUCAGCUGCGACGACACCGAUGUUCUGCCGGAGGGGUUUGGAGAUAUGAUUGAGGGAAAAGGGUUAGUUGUUCCUUGGUGCAAUCAAAUGAGUGUUCUCUCUAACACUGCAGUUGGCGGUUUUCUAUCACACUGUGGAUGGAAUUCGACUCUCGAGAGCAUGUGGUGCGGUGUUCCCAUGAUUUGUUACCCCAUAGCGUAUGAUCAGACUGCCAAUAGGAAACUGGUGAUUGAGAAAUGGAAGUUUGGGGUGAAUCUUUGCGAUGGGGAAUCUCUUGACAGGGUGGAAAUUGCUGAAAAAAUUAAAGGUUUUUUGAGUGGGGCUUAUUCGGAAAAUCUGAGGCAGGAGGCUAGUAAACUCAAAGAGGCGAUGGAGAAGGUAUUGGAAAUUGAUGGGUCGUUGGAUAGGACUUUUGAUCAAUUUAUGGAGGAUUUGAAGGCCAAGAUGGAUGCCAAGACCAAAUUUUGAUUGCUGGGGAGGUUUUAAAAUUUAAAUGACUGCUUCAAGAUCUCUGCUAUAGAGAUAUAGUAUCAUAUGGUCGA